ACAGAGCAUUCCAAGGCCCUCCCAGCCUAGGUGGGGCCAGCCUUCUUUCACUACCCCCAGUGGGCCUCAUGUGGAUGCUGGCACUAGGUGGGGUUUUCCUGGCAGCCGCCCAGGCCUGUGUCUUCUGCCGCCUCCCAGACCGAGAUUUGUCAGGCCGCCUGGCUCUGCUCUGCAGCCAGAUGGAGGCCCAGUGGAGGGACUGUGAGGCCUCCUGGAACUUCUCGGCCUUUGCCUUAGAUGAGGUGUCCAUGAACAAAGUCGCAGAGAAGACUCACAGAGUCCUGAGGGUCAUGGAGAUCAAAGCGUCUCUCUCCUCACUCCCUUCCUAUUGGCAAUGGCUUCAAAAGACCAAGCUCCCUGAGUACACCAGGGAAGCUCUCUGUGCCCCUGCCUGCCCUCUGGUCCUGCUGUCUCCUGCAGGGGGCAGCACCACCCUGUACAACUGCUCCACCUGCGAGGGCUCCGAGGUGUACUGUUGGCCCCGAAAGCGCUGUUUUCCAGGAAGUCAUGAUCUUUGGGAAGCCAGGAUUCUGGUCCUCUCUGUCUUCGGAGCUGUCCUGCUCCUGGGUGUUCUGAGCCUCAUAGUGGAGUCCAGCCAUCUCAAAGCAAAAAGUAACUUGUGA